AUGAGCUUAGUCCCAGAAAUCUUGAGCGUCGCGCUUGGGAGAGCAUUCAAGGGGAUUUCCUAUGGGCGUUGCACCACUGUCGUAUGGGAAUCGCUGACGCAAUGCUUCGAGCGAAAGGUGUUUCUGAGGCUUAUUGGGGACGAAAGAUGGAGCUUCAAGGCAGCGGGUAUCAACGGGGACGUCAGGCCGUCGCUUCCUUCCACACCCGAUCCGGGUAGAGCUCCAUCCAUACAUAGACAAUGGGACGACAUUCACUGUGAUACUGUGUUGAUCAGUAGCGAUAACGUCAAGUUCUUUAUAGAUUCGUACGCUUUCCGCGGUCAAAGCUCUCGAAUCAAUGACUUGUACAAAGAAGCUAUGGCCUCUUCGCAUUCACCGCAAUCCCCUACAGAGGUAGCCCUCACCGGCCCCCACGGCGAAAGUAGCGGUGCCAUCGCCGUAUUCCUCUCCGCCUUGAACAUCGAGCCCAUCACCGACGUCCUCAAAACCCACAAAGCCACAUUCAUCUCUUCCUUCAGCGGUGCUCUGCGUUUCGCGCGCCAAUAUGAGUGCAGGAUGAUACUUCGUGUCAUGGAGGAUUGGCUUUGUUCUAUGGCUCUCAAUUCAGAUGAGGGUCACGGGGUUUUCCAGCCUCUGGACUGCUUUGUCCUUGCAGCGCAGAACGACAUGACCCUUGCGGCUAGUAUGUUGCUUGAGCACUACCGACCCCACGCACACCCCGCAAACGACAAAGCAUCAGCAUCAGCAGCGGCCGUCAAUUGUAGGUCGGCUGUUAUGAGCACCGACGAGAAUAAUACUCAAACACCUCAACCACCUCGGUGGGGACGUUUGGCAUGCCAGUGCAAGCUGAACAUAGGCCACCUCCAAAAGGAAGCUUGGGAGGAGAUACCGGGCAAAUAUCCAUGGGCUCUCAUGAAAACGGAGGAUAAAGAGCAAGGUCAGGCAAGGAGCAAGGCGUUUUCGGAUCUUUUGGGGGGUGGAAAGUGGCAUUUCGAUACCUCGUUCAACGCCACUGUGCAGUUCAGCCCGCCUCGCUACGCAGAAGCGUAUCAUUCUAUAGUCUAA